AUGGAGAAGGAGAUGAUGGAGAAGGAGAUGAUGGAGAAGGAGAUGAUGGAGAAGGAGAUGAUGGAGAAGGAGAUGAUGGAGAAGGAGAUGAUGGAGAAGGAGAUGAUGGAGAAGGAGAUGAUGGAGAAGGAGAUGAUGGAGAAGGAGAUGAUGGAGAAGGAGAUGAUGGAGAAGGAGAUGAUGGAGAAGGAGUUGAUGGAGAAGGAGAUGAUGGAGAAGGAGUUGAUGGAGAAGGAGCUGAUGGAGAAGGAGUUGAAGGAGAAGGAGCAAAUG